AUGAACUUCAAUGAGAAAACUUCUGCAGUACAAGAAACAGUACAAAAUACUGACAUGAAAUCAGAAUCUUCUCAAGAACAAACAACUCUCUUGAGAGAGAAAAUGCAAAAAACAACAUAUUUAACAAACUAG